AUGACUUCGGAGAUUAGCAGCCAAGCGCAACAGAAGGAGGUCGAGCCGGGAUCAGUCGCCCGUGAUCAAGAGGAGAAAACCGGCGAGGACCAAGGCGGCAUGAUCGGUAAGCUUCCUAACUCAUUUGCUUCUGUCGUUCCUCCUCUAGGUUUCAAGGAGUUUGGUGUUGGCUAUGGUGACUCGGAGUCAGCCACUCCUAUGGAGAAUAGCAUGUUGAAUGGCAUGGAGUCUGCAGAACUGGCUUACCCACUCUACGAACCAGUGGAGGGUGAGGCGGUCGAGGUGCAGCCUCUGCUGUCUGAAGAGAGUCUGAAGGAGUCACUGAAGAAGCAGCUGGAGUUUUGCUUCUCAAGAGAGAAUCUCUCCAAGGACCUUUACCUGAUGUCUCAGAUGGACAGUGAUCAGUUUGUCCCUAUUUGGACCAUUGCAAGCAUGGAGGGGGUCAAACUGCUGACUACUGAUAUGGACCUGAUACUUGAGGUGCUACGAGCCUCUCCCAUGGUGCAAGUGGAUGAAAAGGGGGAGAAGGUACGACCAAACUACAAGCGAUGCAUCAUCAUCCUCCGAGAGGUUCCUGAGACCACACCUGUAGAGGAGGUGGAGGCCCUGUUUAAAAGUGAGAAGUGUCCGCAGGUUAUCAGUGUGGAGUUUGCACACAAUAACAACUGGUACAUCACAUUCCAGUCUGACACUGAUGCUCAGCAGGCUUACAGAUACUUGCGUGAGGAAGUCAAAACCUUUCAGGGCAAACCAAUUAUGUCGCACGCUGAGAUGAGGAAACGCGUGCAUGGUGCAUCUGAAAAAGCAACAUAA